AUGAUUUCUAUCGUUGGCUUUACUUGUUCCGUUGGCACCUCAAUUGUCAGCCCAGCUCGUUCACAAUUCAUGGACGAGUUUAAUAUCUCGAGCACGGCUGCCUUCCUCCCGCUAUCAUUAUAUGUGCUUGCACUAGGACUUGGUCCCGUACUCGGCGGGCCCUUAUCAGAAACGGCCGGUAGGCAGGCUGUCCAUAUUAUCGCCGUAGUCUUUGGCGGUCUUUUCGCCUUGGGCGCAGGAUUCACCGAAACCUUUGCCGGGCUGUGCAUUCUCAGAUUCUUAUCUGGGUUCUUCUACGGGCCUGUUUUGGCUGUAGGCUCUGGUGUCUUGAAUGAGACUUACCUGCCUGUUGAGAGGGGGUUACCAUCAACAAUCUUCAUCCUGAGUCCUUUUCUGGGACCUGGCCUCGGGCCAGUUUUGGGGUCUUUCAUAGUUGACAGAAAAGGCUGGCGCUGGACACAGUAUACCAUAUUGUUCUUCUCCGUAUUUUCGGCAAUGUGGCUUUUUAUCGCUGGCGAGUCGUAUCACCCCGUCUUACUACGACGCCGUCGAAAGCAACUCGGCCUCGAUGAACCCGAACCGAUCUCCACCUCAACAAUGACUCGGCAAUUCCUCACUGUCAGUCUAUUUCGACCCCUGCGGAUGCUUUUCGCAGAGCCCAUCGUGUCAAUACUCUCUUUGUAUGUGGCAUGCAUGUUCGGAACACUGUUUAUGUUCUUCGGGGCUUUCUUCUACGUUUUCGGGACGACACAUAACUUCAGUCUCACAGAGUCAGGUCUAGUCUUCUUGGCCAUUGCAUUCGGGUGUGUUCUGGGUUGUGUGACCCUGAUCCUUUGCGACCGAUAUCUCUACCAGCCUAAAGCUCGAAGCUUUCCGCCAGGCGAGAUACCACCAGAGCUUCGACUUUACCCUGCUAUGCUGGGAUCUUUGGGUCUGCCUAUUAGCUUGUUUUGGUUUGGAUGGACGGCUCGCUCAGAUGUGCAUGUUGCCGUACCGAUCGUGGCGGUUGCAGUCUUUGGCUGGGGCAACAUCUCAUUGACCGUCAGCUCAAUUCAAUAUCUUGGAGACACAUAUCAUCGAACCAAUGUCGCAAGUGCAGCGAGUGCUAAUAGCCUGGCAAGGUAUACCCUUGCUGCCGCCUUCCCGUUCUUUUCGCUCCAAAGUGAGUACUCACUUAUUUCUUCAUUUCCAUUGAAAACCUCCCACUGA